AUGGAACGGCAACUUUCGGUCCGUGCCAAUGGCUCUGUCAUCACCAUCACCUACUCACCCGUAUUCCAACGCAGUGCGCACUUAUUCAUUUCGACGGACAACGAGAGACUCUACUCUGGAGAUCGUGCAGGACAAGUUGUCGUUACAUCCAUGCGCUCAUUGCGACUGCUCGCAUCACGGAAAGCUCACGCUGACUCACUGCUAGGCGUUGAAGAACAUGAGAGGGACAAUAAAGUCUGCAUCUGGGCACGACCUGAAGAAUCCGCUUCCAUCAGACAAGGACCUGCAACUUUGUCGGAUCUAUCAACACCCACGAUAUGUUAUUCUCCGGAUAUAAAUGCCCUCAACUACUGCAGGUUCUCUCUCCUAGGAGAGAGCAAGCAGGAAGGUCUCCUCGCUGUUCCGAACCUCGUAGAAUCAGCUCUGGCAGAUAUCUGGUUGCUUUCAUCGCGUCAAAGGCCGCACGCAACCAUAGGUGAUCUACAGGGCACCUCUGCGGCACCUUUCUCGGAUGGUCAGCAAAUCAGGAAUCAUUACGUUAAUGCACCUCUUUCACGCUCCUAUUACAUCUACUCCAUUGUCAUCUACGCCUACAAAUGA